CAUUGACAUUAUGUGUAGGUCGGUUUUCGCGGUACUAGGCGUCGUUGAACUUAAUUUCUUUUGAUUUUCUAAAAUUAAAUAGAAAUAAUACGAGUUUAAUGUUGGGAUAUGAAGAUUACUUGUGAUUACGUUAGAGGAAGCAGCAAGAGUGCUGAAAAGUUAAGUGUAGUGAUAUUCGAGCGUGAUGAAAAUAUCAUGGCGUGUGUGUGACUCUUUACUAGGGUCCUGUCUCGUAAUAAAAUAGGACUUUGCUAGAACGAUAUUUGAACGCUGCAAUUUCUCGUUAAUGUUCUUGUAUCUGUGAAACGAAUUCUUCAAGAAAAGUGUUUUGGAACAUUUAUAAAUAUUACAGGUGGCUUGUAAAAAAGGAAACCAAGUUUUCGAUUUUGUAUGGUUGCAAAUGUCAAGAGAAAAUUACAUUUAUUCCGGCUUUCUAAAGUGCAAAUUACCCUUCAUGAAGUAAUGAAUCGGCAUAAUUGUUUGAUCUGAUACGUAGCGGUUAUUCGACGAUUGCAUGCUAAUAAUAGCACCUUGGUAUCAUAUUUCUCAUUUUAUUAUUCAGAAAAACGUAAGAUUGUUUUAAAUUUUUAGAUACAUUUUGAUUAUAGCGCGAUGUCCGCGUAGUUACGUCAGAAGCUGAACAUUGCCUCUGAACAUUUAAUUUGGGUUAGAAUGGAUGAACCUGAGGACAACAUGAGUGCAGAUGAUUCAACCAUGGAUAGUACUUCAACAGGUGGUAAACCUAAACCAAAGAAACGGUCUUUGGUGGAACGUGAGUUGGAGACUACAUUGACAGCCCGGGUAACAUCUCCCAUUACUAAUGGGGGUGGGUCAAGCACUAGCCGCUAUGGCCGAGCUCGUCGGCUCAAGACUGACAAUGACUUCUGUGAUACGGAGAAAGUUGUUACGAAUAUUCUUAAAUCUCCUAAAGUAGAACGGACUCCCGUCAAGUCCCCAUCACCUGCAUAUAAAAUGCAUGCUUCUAAUUCUCCUAUAAAACCUGAAUCUCCAAAAGUUAUAUCAUUAGAAAGGAAUUUGGAAAAUCAAAUAGAGAAUAUUUACAAUGCGAACAUGUCCUUGAGUCGUUUUAGUUCUGAAGAUAAAAACAAUAUAUCUCCUUCACCUGCAAAGAAAUUUUCUAAAGUGUACAUUCGAAAAGAUCUUAUUCAAACAAAGGAAAAGGAGAAGGAAGAAACCAUAACUUUAAUUAAAAAUAUUUUUUCACCAGUACGUAGUAAAUCUAACAGUCAUUUGAAUAUUGUAUUGGAGAGAUCUUCAGAGAAGUACAAUUUGAAUGGAAAUAUUUCCAAGCCUCAGAAUGGAUAUUUGGAUACAUCGUCUGUUGUGAAGACUUUGGACUUUGAUGGGAACAAGAAGAAAAAGAAAGAGAGUACUGAAGUUAAAACUACACUGUCUAAAAGUGAUUUGUUUGAUUUGGAAGCGAAAUGUGCAUAUCAGGUUGGCGACUUAGCAUGGGCGCGUAUGGGGACUUAUCCAUUUUGGCCGUGCAUUGUUACAAGAGAACCUGGCAGUGAUAUGUUUGUCAGAAAGAAAUUGUUCGGCCGGAUUGAGAGAGACAUGAUUCACGUGACAUUCUUCGGAGACAACGGACGUCGAAGCUGGAUUCUCGAGACUAUGCUCCGGAAGUUCCAGGGAUUGGGAGAGUUUGAGGCUGCUAGGGAUCUAUUUACUCCCGAGGCUAGAAAGAAAGAUCCAAGGCUGUAUGCUGCAUUCUUCAUAUCAGAUAAAAAGUUAGCACUAUGGCAUACGUCUAUCGAAGAAGCCGACAUUCUGUUGCGGGAGCCAAAACGUCUGAGGAUUGAUAUUUUCUAUGACAUGCUCGGAAGACCACGCGUCAACACACCUAAGAUGACACCCAAAACUCAAAAGAGCGGCAAAAUCACUAGAACGGAUAGUGAUGUCUCUUUAAGCGAAAGUUUAUUUGAUACGCUAUUUUCCGAAGAUGACGUAAAGAAUGAUGACUCGGAAAGGUCUCGACACAAAUCAAGGAAUAAAUCGUUAGACGUGUCCGAGGUUGUCACUGCCUGCUUGGACAAUAUGGCUGCCAAAUCCGGCAUGACAAAGAUCCAGAAACAAUCUCAUAUGGAUAGAUGGCUUCAGAAAGCCAAGUCUAAAACACCAGAGAAGUCCCACAUUAACAUAUCCAUUUCUGUAGAGAGAUUAGAACAAGAAGCAAUGGAUAAGAAUGUCACGGAAAAAGAAUCAGUGAAGACAAAUGAAGCUGUUUCAACUAAGAAAAAGAAAAGAUUUUCUAAAGAAGGUCCAGUUCAGAAGCCUUAUAGUUUUAGAAAAUCUACCACAGAAUCUCAGACAUUACUAUCACAUCAUAAUGAACAUGAUUACAGCAAAACUGACAAAAAGACAAUGCCCUCCGCCGACCAAAAUACAAGUAACGUAAAUAAGUCUGAUAAUAGUAUUUGUAUUAUAGACAAAGUUGAAAGUCUGCAAGACGCCGCGACUGAAAAUCAUGACCCAGGUGUCGAUACUAAAGAAGAAACUCCAAUAAACACUGACAUAACACAAGAUGAAGCUAUUACUAAAAAUAAUAAAAAUAUCAAUAUUACAGAAGACUUCAUAAAUCAAUUCAGUCAAGAUUCUAAUAUAAAAGAUGAUAUAAACUCUCCCACACAAAAUUCGGUAAUUAAUGAGAACAUGGAUGUGUCUUGCUGUGAAUCUGAUUUACAAAUAAAUGUUCCAAAUAGCGAAGGCAAAAGUAAAGUUAUUGUUGAAGAAAUUGACCGCGUUGAGACACCCUGUAUUGCAGAUGAUUCCGAUAAGUUUGUAAUAGCUAUGGAAACUGAUAUUAUAGAAACAGAAACUAAUAAUCAAAGUACACCUAACAUUAUUAUAGAGCCGAUAGCCAAUCAAAAUUUUCCAAUAGUUGAGACUGAAAAAGACGAUCAAAUAGGACAAGAUGAAAUUAAUUCUAACGUUGACAAUAAUAUGUCUCUAGAUGAAGACGUACUUAGUAGUGAUAAUAAUGAAAUUAUUGAGACAAUCAAUGUAGAAGUUAACGAACAGUUCACAACAAAAAGUGAUGAGUCUCUAGAGAAAGUUAGUAAUAAUAAAGACAAUAGUCAAGAGCAAAUAAUAGACACUAAAGUACUUGUUAAACAAAAUCAGAUAUCAACUACAGUCCUAGAAGUAGAUAUUCAUCAAGAUGUAGAGAAAGUAAACGAAAGCAACGAUAUACCUCAUGAUGCAGCUAAAGUAAGUGAAAGCAUAGAAACUAGAAAUGAAAACAUAAUGAAUGAAGAUGCAUUUGAGUAUAAUGAAGUUAUUUCAGGCGCAGACGUGGAUGAUGACAACAAAGAAAUGAUUAUAAAGACAAAAGUAAAAGAGAAAGAUUUAGACUUUAAAGAGGCUGAAUCUAUAUCAACUGUGCAAAAAAACACUGAUAAAUCUUAUGUGACUUUAGAAGGUGAACAAGCUAUUUUAAAUGGUGACAUUAGUUUAGAAUGUGCUGAUGAUGACGGUUCCGAUGUGGUUUCUGUUGAAAAUAAAAUAGACAACAUAUCACUUUCAUCUGUAUCUGUUACUGAAAAAAAUUGCAUGGAACCAACUGUUAGUUACAAAGGAAUAGACCCGGAAACAGCUUCUUUAAACUCCUUAUCUAGUGAAAUAUCUAAUACCAGUGAAUUAUUGCCAAAAAUUGCUACAGCGUCGUCUUUAUCUGAAGGAGAAAAUACAGAUGUAACAAACAAGCAGUUACGUAAAAUAAAAGAUGCAUUGUUACUAGAUUCAGACACUGAAUCCAUGAGUUCAUUAGAUGAUAUUACAUUGAGUGAACUUAAAUUACGCGCAGCGGCUGCUGAUAAGCCUGAGUUAGUUCAUGCGGAUGAUACAUUAGAUUCUGUCAAAAGUGAGAUUUCUAAUGCCACCAAAAACCUUCGUUUAGUGUUAACUGACUGUUUUCUAGAACCUAGAGAAGAUCUUCCUGUAAUUAAAGAAGUUAGUUCUAAUACCAAUGUAGAAAUUGAAAUCAUGGAUUCUCACAAUAGUUCUGAAACAAAUAAUUCAUUCAAGAAACGUAAAUUACGUUUACGCAAGUCUGUCUCGCCUACAGAGGCUAAAAUAAAUGGACUUCCAGAUAUCAAAGAUCCAAGUCCUGAACGUACCGUAACAAAAAUAAAAGAAGAACCAGAUGUUGAUACAAUAUCUAUUCAUUCUUCUGACAGUGGCGCAUCUAUUAAACGUAGAGGAAGGAAGGAGAAACAAGAUGCUGAAAGAAUGAAAGAUCCGGAGUUCUUAAAGUAUGUUGAGAUGAGACAAGAUGCUCUUAUGGACGAACAUCCAGAACUGACACAGGAUGAAAUAAUUGCUUAUUUGUAUAAAACUUGGCAAUACGAAGAAAAUUUAAAAUCCGAUCAGAAGAAAUCGGAUGAUAUCGAACAAUCUAACUUAGUAAAAGGUGUUUGCCAAGAUCCUCCAAAGAAAAAGAAAGUGUUCAAGAUGAAAAAGCUGAUUGACAUUAAUAAAAUUAUGGCUAAGGAGGCUAAGAAAAGUCCUUCCAAGGCAGAAUUAGAAGAUUUAAAGCCUAGAGAAUUGCCUAAGCGAAGAUCUACGAAGGCGUUUUACAAAGAAGAUUUCUCAGAUAUUGAAGAUGAAAUUCAGCUGUUUGAAAUUUUCAAGUCAAAAAAGAAAGAUACAAGUUCUAAAACAGAUGUUUACAAGCAGGAACCUAGUAGUUGUAAUAACGAGAAGAUCAAUUCACCUUCAGAAACGAAAGUUGAUUAUACUGAGAUAGAAAACAAGGAGUCUAAAAACGUAAUUGAGAUCAGCGACCAAGAAGAGAACUUGGACGAAUUUUACGACGAAGAAGAAUUAUAUUUUGAACAGUUAACGAAACCUAAGCCUAACAUUUUCAAAGGUUUGGUCCGAGAGAAAGUAUGCGAAAUUUGUGAGACUACUUCUAACUUGGUAAAGUGCAAGGGAUGUAAUGGAAUGUUCCAUGUUGAAUGUGUUAAUAAAGUAACUGAAGUUAUCGAAGUCCCUGCUCCGACUAGAGGUAGGAAGAAGAAGAAAAAGCCUAGAGGCAGGAGACCGAAAAUGUCGACAGAUUCAAAUGGUGAUGAGAGUCACAGUGAUGAGAAAUCUCAAGAUGCUAAUGUUUCUGAAGAGAACAUGUCUCUUGAGGACAUAAAAGAUCCUGAACCAAUAGUGAUACCUGAUGCUGAUAAUUUUGAAGCUCAAUUGGAGGCAAAGAUGAAGGAAAUGAUUGAGAAUGUGGAUAAAGUCGAAUACGAUUUAUUUUCAAGUGACGAUGGACUGGAUUGGUCUGAUACAAUUGCUGGUAAAUGUGAGAUUGUAGAUGUAAAGUUGAAGACAAAACAACAACCUGAAUUGGUGGACUAUUCUGAUUUCAAGUGUAAGAACUGUCAGAAAUACGACAUACCUAUUUGCUUCGUGUGUAAGGCAAGUGUAUCUCCAAAAGGCAAAGUGGAGAGACGGCAGAAAUGUCAAGUCGCGCAUUGCCAUAAGUACUAUCACUUAGAAUGUUUAGACCAUUGGCCGCAAACGCAGUUUACUUCUGGAGAGCCGUCGAGAAACAAUAAGAAAAUUGAUGAGCAUUUUGAAGCUAUCACUUGUCCGAGACAUGUGUGCCAUACUUGCGUAUGUGAUGACCCUCGAGGUUGCAAGACUAGGUUUAGUGGCGACAAACUAGCGAGAUGUGUGCGGUGUCCGGCGACGUAUCAUUCCUUCACCAAGUGUCUGCCCGCUGGGUCUCAAAUCCUAUCCGCUUCACACAUCGUCUGCCCAAGACAUUAUGAGCAUAGGCCUGGUAAAGUUCCGUGUCACGUUAACACGGGAUGGUGUUUCAUAUGUGCUCUGGGAGGGACCUUGAUUUGCUGCGAAUAUUGUCCCACUUCCUUCCACGCCGACUGCUUGAACAUUGAACCGCCGGAAGGCGGGUAUAUGUGUGAAGACUGUGAGACCGGACGACUGCCGCUUUAUGGGGAGAUGGUCUGGGUCAAAUUGGGACAUUACAGAUGGUGGCCCGGUAUAGUCCUACAUCCAUCCGAGAUCCCGGACAAUAUAAUGGCAGUGAAACACUCGCCCGGUGAAUUCGUGGUGCGGUUCUUUGGACAAUAUGACCAUUAUUGGGUGAACCGGGGACGCGUGUUUCCCUUCCAAGAAGGUGAUUCUGGCCGAAUAUCUGGUCAGAAGUCGAAGAUAGAUGAGGCGUUCACUAAAGCUAUGGAGCAUGCACAGAGAGCCUUUGAAAUUUUGAAGAACAUAGAACCGAACGACGAAGAGAACCAAGACAUUGCAUCAUCGCUUUUACCACCGCACUAUGUGAAACUGAAAGUGAACAGGCCGUGUGGCUCGCUGUAUGGACGUAAGGUGGACAUUGAGGAGAGCUCGCUCACUCAGUGCGAAUGUAACCCUGACGAGGAGGAGCCGUGUGGGCCGUACUCUCAUUGUCUUAAUAGAAUGCUGCUAACAGAAUGCGGGCCGACCUGCCGGGCGGGUGAGCUUUGCCAGAACAGAGCGUUUGAGAAGCGGCAGUAUCCCAAACUAGUGCCAUACAGGACCCCGCAUAGAGGAUGGGGGCUCAAGACUUUGGAGGAUGUUAAAGCUGGUCAAUUUGUGAUCGAGUACGUGGGCGAGUUGAUAGACGAGGAGGAGUUCCGUCGGCGCAUGCGCAGGAAGCACGAGAUGAGGGACGAGAACUUCUACUUCCUCACGCUCGACAAGGAGAGGAUGAUCGACGCCGGACCCAAGGGGAACCUGGCGAGGUUUAUGAACCACUGUUGCGAGCCAAACUGUGAAACCCAGAAGUGGACCGUAUUGGGGGAUGUUAGAGUUGGACUCUUCGCUAUACACGAUAUACCAGCGAAUACAGAGGUGACGUUCAAUUACAACUUGGAGUGCGCGGGUAUUGAGAAGAAGCAAUGUAUGUGCGGCGCCAAGCGCUGUUCCGGGUACAUCGGCGCUAAGCCCAAACAGGACGAACCUCAACCCAAAAAAGGCAAGCCGGGCCAGCCGGCGAAACGACCUUACAAGAAACGCAAGAACACGGUAGAAUCUCCUUCAACAAGCAAAGUUAACAAGCCAAAGCGCCCUGUGGGCCGACCAGCGAAGCCUAGAGAACUAACUGAUAUAGAAAAAGACUUACUAAUCAUAAAGAAUGCUACAAACGGCCUAUCAAGCGAUUCCGAAGGCAGUGGAAGACUGAGCAGUGUGGAGAGCGACAAGAAAGAUGCGAAAGCCCUCAAGAGGAAAAGAGUAAGCUUCUCAACAGAAGAGAUUAUCAUAUACAACGGGUCUAGUUCGCCAAGUGUAAAGAGAAUGAAGUUAGACGAAGAUAAAAGUAGUGAAGUUGGUGAUUGAAGUGUGUUUGAAUUUAGAACUGCCUUAUACGUCCGUAUAUUGGUUAGCCAAGUUGCAAGGCGAUUCGACCGCGAUUCUUUAGCAUUGUAACUCGCGCGAAUACACACGUCUCGCAGACACGCAUCGACCUUGACGUAAAGUGUUCAUUUAAUUGGGACGGAUUAUACUGAUGUGACUUAUUGGGGAUUUACGGACAGGUUUUACUGACACGUUAUUGCAACUUGGCUAAUUCUUCAGGUGGAGGUGUGGAGUAUACUCCACCACGCUGCUCCACUGCGGGUUGGUGAAGAUUGUGUAUAUUUUUGUAUUUUAUAUCGACUAGAGAAAUGUGUCGAUAGUUUUGUUGUUUUUGACUGUUGAUAUGUGAGCUAAAGAAAUAAGUGUACUACGGUCAUUUUAAUUAGAUUAAUUUUUAAAAUAAACUUUUUAAUAUCCCUAUUAUUGUUAUUUCUAUGUGCCGUACAAAUUGUAACUAUGGCUCCUGAAGUCACAUCCCUGAUUGUCAGUAGGAACCGUUGAGUAGGUGGCCAGUUGAUAAUCAAAUCACUAAGGAGUUUUGUUAUCUUGUUCUAUAGAACUAUUUGAGAAAGCAAGAAUUUAAUAAUUAAAACGGGUUC